CUUCCCAUUCUGACUCUUCCCCCGAUACACUUGACGAAUUGAUCGAUAUAGGCCUUAAUCAAUCCGAUUCAGUCGAGAUAACUGGCUAUAGGAUGACUAACAUCUCCCCUCAUUCUUCCUCCUCUCACGCCUCUACCCCGAAAGUCGACUGGGAAGAGUACGAUCAAGCGCUUCUGGAGGGUGGUCUGGUGGAGAUUUCAAAGAGUCCUCGAGUGGAUUCCCCUCGCCUCGACCUGUUUCCUCGAGGUAUUCCCUUUAGGUUGUUAGAUUUUCCUAUGUAUACAACAAGUCCUGAAAUCCUGGCCGAGAAGGAGGCCGGUGUCGAGGAAGGACGGAAGUCGUUCUUGAAGUCUCCAAUGGGCUCGAUUUUCGUGGAGACUUAUCGCAAGGAGGUCGUCAAGGCCUUCUGUAAAUCCCCCGACUUUCUUGACGAACUGGUCCCUACUGCUAUUGAAUAUUUUGACUUUGCUUUCUCGGUCUGGGAGUCCGCGGUGGCAAACAUCGAGCUAGCCGGGAAAGUCGACAAAGCAGCCCUGAAAGAAACUCUCCCCAACCCAGUGGGUUAUGCAGAUGAUGACUCCCUCCACGAUGAUCGCCCGUGGUGGUCGGGCAUCGAGGCUCGUGCCAUUUUUGAGGCUGGGCUGAGUUCUCAACUCGUAGUCCCUCCAACCCCCUUGUUUGGUCCGAUCAACUUAGUCCAACAGAGCGGGGCUGACCAUGUGGGAAUCGAGAGAGAGGUCGAGCAGGGCACCGAACCGCUUGUCGACGAGCAUAAUGAAGAGCAAGGGGGAGCCGACGCUGAGAAACCGCCACAAUCGUCGACGACGGUGAUGAUGUUGCUGACAAGUCGGAUGUUGAGUCUUGAAUUUAUUUGUUCCGUCUUGGGAUUGUGCCCGUUAUGUUCGUUUUGCUUUGCUUGUCUGGCUGUGCCUGCUGACAAUGCACCAGACCAAGAGAAAGAGGAGUAUGCUCGGUGGAAAAAGGCUGACGAGAUGGCAAAGUGUUACAUCUUGGCAUCUUUGUCAAAUGUACUUCAACAUCAACAACAGUCUAUGAACACUAUAGCGGAUAUGCUACUCAAUCUCAAGGAGUUAUUUGGUCAUCAGUCGCGGGCUGCCCGACAAGAAGCCAUGAGGAUUCUGAUGAACAUGACCAUGCGCGAGGGCACUCCCGUAAGGGAACAUGUUCUUGCUAUGAUGGCCCAGCUGAAAGAGCUGGAGGUUCUUGGGGCUUUUAUUGAUGGGGAAACCCAGGUCGAUAUAGUGCUCCAGUCUUUGCCGAAGUGCUUUGAGCAAUUCCGGUUGAAUUAUAACAUGAAUAAGAUGUUGAUGACUCUUCCGGAACUAGUUGCUGAGCUUCAGGCGGCAGAGGGCCUGUUUCGUCAGAAGACCCAAGCCAUGGUGGCCCAGCGGGGAGAAGCUUCCACUUCUAAGGCUCCUAAGGGCAAGAAGAGGAAGAAGAAGCCGAAAGGCAAGUGCUACAACUGUCAGCAGAAGGGACACUGGAAGGCAAACUGCCCUCUUUCCAAGAAACCCAAAAAAGGUACUCCUUUUGCUUUAGUCGUUGAAACAUGUUUAGCGGUGUUAUCUACCAGUACCUGGUGUGUAGAUACGAGGGCCACUGAUCAUGUCUGCAAUUCAUUGCAGGGGUUCCAGGAAACCAAACGACUUAGGGAAGGAGAGGUUACCAUCUACUUGGGCGAUGCUAGUAGAGCAGACGUCUAUUUAGAUUUUGGCUUAGAUAGGUUUCUAGUUUUGAAAGAUUGUCUUUAUGUUCCCAGUUUUAGAAAGAAUUUAAUUUCGGUUUCUAAGUUGUUUAUGAACGGUUUUUCCGCAACGUUUGAUAAUAAAGUUGUUAUUCGUUUUGGCAAAAAAUUCAUAUGCUCUGGUUCAUUGGUUGACAAUCUGUAUAUUCUAGAAUCUAA